UAUUAUGUGUACAUGGGCGGCUGGGUUCUCCUUGGACUCCUCGGGUCGGUGGUUCAAUUCCAAAGCACGGCCCUCGACGUGGACCACCACGCGCCGACGACGACGGACGACGACGUGGAUCUGGAGAAGGAGCAUGCGUCCGACGACUCGUCCGUCGCCUACUGGCGCCACUAGCUCCCCAGCGUCGAUCGACAGACGUAUUGUACAUACCUC